AAGACCGUCUCUGGUUCUGAGCCCCAGCUCCUCUGCCCAGGAUCUCUGCCCACGUCCUUUGCCCAGCAAUCCUGGAGCUCCGCCUGACCUCCAAAGCCAGCACUUCCUCAGACCCUCGAUCCAAAUCGCAUCCAUGAGUUCCGCUGAUUCCUCCGUCGCACUCACUCCAGAGAGCAGCUCGAUUCCGUUCUACGAAGCAUACCUAGAUGCCGGCCGAGUACCGGACGUGCUGACUCGAUUUGUUGCUCGGCAGUUCUUUCAUCGCCAGAAGCGCCAGUACGACAGCGCCUCCAAGACAGCCAGCAAUCAAGUCAAGCUGGAUUACAUCCACGCCCUCAAGAACCAAAAGGUCAUUGCCCUCAACACAAAGGAGGCCAAUGAGCAGCACUACGAGGUCCCCACCUCCUUCUUCCGUCUCCAUCUCGGCGACAGAAUGAAGUACUCGUGCAGCUACUACGAGUCGGGUGCCAAGACCCUCGAAGAGGCCGAGAUCGCCAUGCUCGAGCUCUAUGUCGAGCGCGCCGACAUCAAGGACGGAAUGUCGAUCCUCGAGCUCGGCUGUGGCUGGGGAAGCUUGUGUCUGUAUCUGGCCGAGCGAUUCCCCAACUCCCAGGUCACGGCCGUUUCCAACUCGAACACCCAGCGCGAGUACAUCACUGGCGUCGCGGCCAGCAAGGGGUUCAACAACAUCAAGGUGAUCACUGCAGACAUGAACUACUUCAACUUUGACCACCCUGUCGAGUUUGACCGCAUCCUCAGCAUCGAGAUGUUCGAGCACAUGAAGAACUACUCGCUCCUGUUCCAGAAGGUGUCGACGUGGCUCAAACCCGAAACCGGUCGUCUCUUCAUCCACGUUUUCUGUCACCGUGUGAUGCCCUACGACUUCAAAACCGAGGACGACGACUCCUGGAUGGCCCGCAACUUCUUCACCGGCGGCACGAUGCCAUCCGAGGACCUCUUCUUGUUCUUCCAGGAACACGUCUCUGUCGUCAACCGAUGGAUCGUCAACGGGACCAACUAUGGCAAGACUGCAGCGCACUGGCUGCAGCGCCUGGAUGCGCACAAGAAGGAGGCGGUUGAGAUCCUCACCAAGGCAUACGGCGACCCCAAGCUUGGUUUUGCCUGGUUCAACCGAUGGAGAACCUUCUACGUCCUUGUCGAAGAGACCUGGAACUACAACAAAGGUCAGGAGUUCGAGGUCAUCCACUAUCUGUUCAAGCGCCAGUGAGGCAG